UCUCUCUCUCCCCCUCUGGUCUCCCCCCUCCCUCUCUCUAUAAUAAUCUCUUAAAAUUCGUCCAAAUUUCAUUUCAUCAUCCCAACUCUUCCUCUGCCAUGACCCCAAGUAGGCUCAUGAUGAUCAACAUCUUGGCCUGUCUCCUCCUCCUCCUUCGUGUAAGCUCAGUGACGGGGCGACUAAUCGGUGGCGGUGGUGAUGAUAAUCAAUGGGUGAAAACUAUGAGCGGUGUUAAGAUCGGUAAGUUCCAGAAAAUCCACGUGGGUCAGCACGGGAACUUUUCGACCAUCCAGUCCGCCAUCGACUCCGUCCCGAACAACAACCAGAAUUGGGUCGUCAUUAAGAUCGACCAAGGAACAUACAGAGAGAAGGUUACAAUACCUUACGACAAGCCCUACAUAAUCCUGAAGGGGAAGGCGAAGAGGACCACCGAGGUCGUGUGGGAUGAUCACGAGACUGUUGCUCAGAGCCCCACUUUCACUUGUUUAGCCGAUAACGUCAUUGUCAAAUGCAUCACCUUCCGGAAUUCAUACAACAAUCCUGUGAACGGGAACCGGAGGGUGCCAGCGGCUGCGGCAAUGGUCACCGGGGACAAGUUGUACUUCUAUCGGGUUGGGUUUUUCGGGUUGCAGGACACGCUGUGGGAUGACCGGGGAAGGCAUUACUUCAGGAAGUGUACGAUCCAAGGAGCGGUAGAUUUCAUCUUCGGAGCCGGACAGUCAAUUUAUGAGGCUUGUUCGAUAUCAGUGCUUGGGAAUGCACUCGCGCCAAAUCUUCCAGGUUUCAUUACGGCACACGGAAGGACUGACCCAAAUGACUCAAGUGGGUUUAUAUUCAAGGGCUGCAACAUCUUUGGGAGUGGCUCAGCCUAUCUGGGACGUCCAUGGAGGGGCUAUGCUAGGGUUUUGUUCUACCGCUGCUUUUUCUCAGAUGUUGUCGAACCGACUGGGUGGGAUGCUUGGGGAUACGUCGGCAACGAGCAUCAACUGACAUUUGCUGAGUACGAGUGCUACGGGCCUGGAGCAAACACUGGGAGCCGGGUUAGUUGGGAGAGCAAUUUUAGCUGGGAUCAGGUCAAGCAAUUGACAGAGAUGAGCUUCAUUGACUCGGCCGACUGGCUCUACACCAUUCCUUAUCAAAAGUUUUAACUAGUCUAGCUAAUUUCUCUACUGCAUCUGCCCGAUCGGUACAUACAUAUAAUUGAUUUAUCAAUUUUCAAUUUGAAGGAGCGGAGACGAAAGUGUGUCCAUUAGGUUUGUAGUUCCUACUCAGAAAAAUGCAAAAAGGAGAAUCAAUCGGUUUGGCGUAGGGCAAGGUACUUGGAUUUUUUCUUAGUGGUUCUUUUCUUAAUUAAUCAUUGUUGCACUUUUUUGGUAGUAAAUAGACCAAAAUGAAAUUGUAUUUUUUCGCUUAUAUGCUGUUGUUUGCUCUUCUCUCC